AUGGUACAGAAACCAGUGGAUGUUGACUUUGUCAACAUUGCCAGGGGCUUAUUACACUUCAUCGUUCAACAGAAGGGAGGAUUUCACAACCAAAAUCGCAAAUCUGAGCAAACUCGCAAGGAAGAGGUAAUGUCUUGCAACCAAAGUUCUUCAUCGGAAUUUAUGGCGGAGGUGCGAUGUAGGUGCGGAUUUUUGGCUCCAAUGAAGAUGUCAUGGAGUUAUGCUAACCCAGGGAAGAGAUAUAGGGCAUGUCCAAGAUACGGGGGAAAUGACAGCUGCAGGUAUUUUGAAUGGAUGGAUUAUGAUGUCUCCGAAAGAGUUACAAAUGUGCUUAGAGGUUUGUUGAAGAGGGCAAAUAAGUAUGAGCAUGAAAUUGAAAAGCUGCAAUUUACAAUUGAGAAAAAGGAGCAUGAAAUUAAGAAGAAGAUUUGGGAGUCAAAUUUGAAGUUUUUGUAUGGAUUUGGAUUCGGUGUUGUAUUUGCAGUCCUUGUUAUGAGUAUUUGGAUGAGAAGUGGUGAACCAAGUAAAGGGUUAUUGCAGCUCAAGUAG